CAGAUGACAUGGCAGAACUCCUCCUCGGGGAGUCGAAGCUGGAGCAGUACUUGAAGGAACACCCUCUGCGGCAGGGGGCCAGUCCCCGAGGCCCCAGGCCCCAGCUAACUGAGGUCCGCAAGCAUCUGACCGCCGCCCUGGACCGGGGGAACCUCAAGUCAGAAUUCCUACAAGAAUCCAACCUGAUCAUGGCCAAGUUGAAUUAUGUGGAAGGAGACUAUAAAGAAGCUCUCAACAUUUAUGCCCACGUGGGCCUCGACGACUUGCCGCUGAUGGCCGCUGCCCCGUACAGGUUGCGGAUGAUCGCGGAAGCCUUCGCCACCAAAGGACUUAGUUUAGAGAAGUUGCCUAUUUCCUCUUCUACCAGUAAUCUCCAUGUGGACCGGGAACAGGAUGUCAUCACCUGUUAUGAGAAAGCAGGGGACAUUGCACUUCUGUACCUCCAAGAGAUAGAAAGGGUAAUACUUACUAAUAUUCAAAACAGAAGCCCUAAGCCUGGCCCUGCUCCCCACGAUCAAGAACUAGGUUUUUUCCUAGAAACAGGACUUCAGAGAGCCCAUGUCCUCUAUUUCAAAAAUGGGAACUUGACAAGAGGAGUUGGGAGAUUCAGGGAGCUCCUCAGAGCCGUCGAGACGAGGACGACGCAAAACCUGCGGAUGACAAUAGCGAGGCAGUUGGCGGAGAUCUUGUUGCGGGGUAUGUGUGAACAGAGCUACUGGAACCCUCUGGAGGACCCGCCAUGCCAGUCACCUCUGGACGACCCUCUCCGGAAAGGAGCAAACACAAAAACCUACACCCUCACUCGGAAAGCCCGCGUCUACUCAGGAGAGAACAUUUUUUGUCCUCAAGAAAAUACCGAAGAAGCCCUGUUGUUAUUGCUGAUUAGUGAAUCUAUGGCCAACCGGGAUGCUGUGCUGAGCCGGAUACCUGAGCACAAGAGCGACCGCCUCAUCAGCCUGCAGAGUGCGUCCGUGGCCUAUGAUUUGCUGACUGUUGCUCUUGGAAGAAGAGGCCAGUAUGAGAUGCUGUCGGAGCCCAUCUGUGGGGACAAAGCCACCCAGCCCAUGGUUGAGUUCUUUGAAGAGUGUAUCCGCCUGAAGCCCGACGACGCCACCAUCCCGCUCCUGGCCGCGAAGCUGUGCAUGGGCUCCCUUCACUGGUUGGAAGAGGCUGAGAAGUUUGCCAAAACUGUCGUCGAUGCAGGAGAGAAAACGUCAGAGUUCAAGGCCAAAGGCUACUUAGCUCUGGGGCUCACAUACAGUCUGCAGGCCACUGACGCUUCUUUGCGUGGGAUGCAGGAGGUCCUGCAGAGAAAGGCGCUUCUUGCAUUUCAGAGGGCCCACAGCCUGUCACCUACAGAUCACCAGGCGGCUUUCUACCUGGCCCUGCAGCUUGCCAUCUCCAGACAGAUCCCAGAGGCUCUGGGGUACGUCCGCCAGGCUCUUCAGCUUCAAGGCGAUGACGUCAACUCUCUUCACCUCCUCGCCCUCCUCCUGUCAGCACAGAAGCAUUACCAACUCCUGUUUUCCAAAGUGCGGCUGGAGUCCCUCUGCCGGGGCCCGGACGAGGCGCUCCUCACUUGCAAGCACAUGCUGCAGAUAUGGAAAUCCUGCUACAACCUCACCAACCCCAGUGAUUCUGGACGUGGGAGCAGCCUCUUAGAUAGAACCAUUGCUGACAGACGACAGCUUAAUACAAUUACUUUGCCAGACUUCAGCGAUCCCGAGACAGGCAACUCUCCAGAAGUAUACUUUCAUGGUUUUCCCUCCCUUUUUUCAGUUAGCUCUGUCCAUGCCACAUCGGUGGCAGCUUCAAGAGUGGAGCAGGCACUGUCGGAAGUGGCCUCGUCUCUGCAGAGCAGCACCCCCAAGCAGGGCCCGCUACACCCCUGGAUGACGCUGGCACAGAUCUGGCUCCAUGCAGCUGAAGUGUACAUCGGCAUCGGGAAGCCUGCAGAAGCCACAGCCUGCACCCAAGAAGCUGCCAACCUCUUCCCAAUGUCCCACAAUGUCCUGUACAUGCGUGGCCAGGUUGCCGAGCUCCGAGGAAACAUCGACGAAGCCCGACGGUGGUACGAAGAAGCCUUAUCCAUCAGCCCCACCCACGUGAAGAGCAUGCAGCGACUGGCCCUGAUCCUGCAUCAGCUGGGCCGCUUCAGUCUGGCGGAGAAGAUCCUCCGAGAUGCUGUGCAGGUGAACUCGACGGCCCACGAGGUCUGGAACGGGCUGGGCGAGGUCCUUCAAGCUCAGGGCAACGACGCGGCAGCCACCGAGUGCUUCCUGACCGCCUUGGAGCUGGAGGCCAGCAGCCCCGCGGUGCCCUUCACCAUCAUCCCCCGUGUGCUCUGAGCAGACGCCCGCCAGCCUCACUGCCGCUCAGGCCAAGGAGGGUCCCGCCUGGGGUGCCCGGAGAGGACGAGUCUGCCACACCCAAGGCCCCGGAUGACUAUGCGACCGACCGCAGUGAACUAACCAAACAAACCCCGAAUCAUCGCUCUCCCCACGUGCGUUCCUGUUAUUUUCGCCAGCCCAAUGAUUGUUUUCGAAUCUCUUGACAUUGUUCAAAAUGGAUUAUGUGCCAUAUUUUGUUAGUUGACAUCUGAGUUUUAAGUAACACGAUUAUGGAAUUAAUCAGCAAAUGUAGAAGAAUAUAUUCAGUUAAAAUUCAGUGGCAGAACAGAUUAUUUUUAUCAGAGCUGUAAAGAAAUCUGUCCUCUCUCUCAUCACCACUCCUGCCCCACCCUUUGCCCAGAAACCAAAUGUGAAUCUUCUUUUUCCCACCUCAGUACUAGUCCAAGCCGGGACACCAGCUGACAAUUUCUUGGUUUUGUUGUCAAUAAUUGUACCAUGUGAUGAAUUACUGUCCUCACUUAGAACAAAGCCUGAGUCCAAGAAUAUUUAUAUUUUACCAAUAUAUGCCUGUUACAAGAGAAGGAAAUAUGAGUUAUUUAAGUUUAACUUUUUUAUGUGAAUUCAGAGUUUAUUUAUCAAUGGAAAUAUGUACAAAGAAGCUUCAAAUGGAAUAUUUGCCGACAUUCCUUAUACAUGACAGACACUUGGCUAAAUGGGAAGAUGCUGUUAAUAAUAAAAUGAUUUUUAAAUGGA